UGUUAAGGCAGAUUUGAUGUAUAGUUAAAAUAUCGUCAAUUAAUUUUUAUUCUUUUGUUCUUACAAAUUUAUGUACUUUGAAUUAUAUUAUUUAUUUAUUCUAUUAUUAUUUACUUUCAGAAAUAUUUAUUUUGGUCGACUUAAUAUUAUUUUGUUAAUAUAUUUGGUUAAACAAUAGAUUAAUUAAUAAUUCUAAAAAUUAUGUUUAGUUUUUAGAUAACUUCUUUAAUGAUGUGGAAGCAUGAGACGAGAUCAUGAUAUACUUUUGUUUAAAUAGAAUUGAAUUAAGAGAAUUAAAUUGAAUUAAAAAUAAUUAAACUGAAUUAUAAUAAGUUACAAGGAUAAAAAUUAAAUUAUACAACUCAAACAUAUCUAAUCUCAUAUACUUAAUAAGAAAAUAAUAUCAAAAUAUUUCUUUAAUUUAAAAAUUAAAAUUUAUUUAUUUAGAUAAUUAUGCAACAUAAAUAAAUUUGAACAAACAUUCAAAUAAUUUAUUGAUGUGUAAUUACAUAGCUAUACUGCCAUCAUACCAAAUAUAAUUCAUCCUAUAUAAUAAGAACCAAUCACACCACUAAAAUCAAAUAUACAAACAAACAAGUAAACAAGCAAAAUAUUUACAUAAACUACACGAAACUGAACGUAAGAGCUUGAAUAUAAAAAGUCCAGCAAAGAAAAAACAACACGAAAUUGCUGUAUAAGGAAAAUGAAAACCCCAAGAUCUUCAUACGUUUAUGAAACGUCUCUCGUGAUGGUGUUAACCAUAUUCUUGCUCUUCAUUUUAGGACAAGCAAGUGCAAUGGGUUUUCUCAACAACAUGAUAUGUUUUAAUGGAGUACCGUACGCGUGUCCUGACAAGUGCGAUGUAAAGUGUAAAGAGAAUGGUUUUAAUGGAGGGAUAUGUGUAACUGGAAGUCUCAAAGUUGCGCAAUGUUGUUGCGAUAAAAGGCUUACGCCAUCGAUAUUGUCUUAUCCGGUUAAGCCUCCCCCAUCGAUAUUGUCUUAUCCCGUUAAACCUCCCCCAUCGAUAUUGUCUUAUCCUGUUAAACCUCUCCCAUCGAUAUUGUCUUAUCCUGUUAAGCCUCCCCCAUCGAUAUUGUCUUAUCCCGUUAAACCUCCCCCAUCGAUAUUGUCUUAUCCCGUUAAGCCUCCCCCAUCGAUAUUGUCUUAUCCUGUUAAGCCUCCCCCAUCGAUAUUGUCUUAUCCCGUUAAACCUCCCCCAUCGAUAUUGUCUUAUCCCGUUAAACCUCCCCCAUCGAUAUUGUCUUAUCCCGUAAAGCCUCCCCCAUCGAUAUUGUCUUCUCCCGUUAAACCUCCCCCAUCGAUAUUGUCUUAUCCUGUUAAGCCUCCCCCGUCGAUAUUGUCUUAUCCUGUUAAACCUCCCCCCAUCAUGAUUAAUAUUGAAUCAUAAAUGUCUGAGAAAAUAAUAAAAAAAUUAUUAUAAUAAUACGUAUGAUUGAAUAUUGGUUUUUUUUUUGCAGAAAUGACUCAAAACUCAAAGUCAAACACAAAUCUAAUCCGUGACUUUUUUAGAAUUUUUAUUUGCCCUAUUCACUCCAAAAGUUCGAAUUAUUCAUGAAAAUUCCACUAUUUUUUUUCUUUCAAAAACGAGCAUUUUACUCUACCAUUCUCAUGUUCCUCAAGUAUUUACAAUAUUGAUACUGCCAUUAAUACAUCAACAACCAUGAACAACCAAUUUAAAGCUCUUAAGACACCUAAAAAUCGAUUUUCACUCUUCUUAUCUCAUCUCUUAUGCACUAAAACCAUCACUUUCACUUUCUCUCUUUAUUCAUCAAAAAAAAAAACCAAGAUUUUGAUUCUAAACUUUUUAAAGGUUCAUAGAGCCAUUCAAGCUCAAGAUUCUUGGUCAUCAACAAGUGGGUCACUUUCGGGGGACCACCAUGGC